AUGACCAGCAGCGACACGUCUGCGCGGCCACUGGCCGAGACCGUACUCUACGCCGAGUUCGACUUGAUCAAAGGCAGUACGCUCCGCGGCAGCUACCCGCGCUCGUUUACGCACUACUCGCCCGAGUUUUUUGCCGACAUCAUGUUGCCCGAAGGUGUGCACAACCGGCACGAGGACUUUACCAUCUUUUUCCUCAACCGGCACACGUCGCCCAAAGGUCUCUUAGGCGUAGACCAUUGUGUACCCGAUGGGGCUACUGCUACUUCGGAUGCUGCUACUUUUUCGUCGGACAUCAGUCCCACAGACUCGACGCGAGUGGAGGAGGACGGGCGGGACCCACUCAAGCGCUUCAUGUACUGCCUCAGCGUCGUGCGCACGACUCACGACACAGCCGCUCGACGCGGCGCCAAAGUGACAGCCGUCGCGCUGUGCUCGACGUACAGGACGUGCGUGGCGCUCAAGGACGUGCUGAAUAUGGCGGUCCUGAAGAUGGUGGCCACGACCUCCGAGACGGAGAGUGAGCAGGUGCUGAGAGAGCUUUUCGACGUCGUGAAUGCUGUCGACAUCUCUGGCCUCAGCAGUAUGUCGAGUCUGGAGCGGAGGCUCAGUCGGUGCCGCUCGAUUGGCCGCUCGGGACGAGCUCAGGACGAUCCGAACGAGGCCACGACGCUUGCAAAAGCCCGACUCUUCCAGACAGAAGCUUGUUGGGACGACAUUUCCAUGUCUCUGCAAUUUCAAAUUGGCAAUACGGACGACCAGCACGACGACGGCACGUUGAUGCUCUUGCUGCAGACGUUUGGAGACCAGACAAUGGUGCUGUUCAAUGCGGUGCUGACGGGCCAACGGGUGGUCAUGCUGGGGUACAAUCGACCGGCGGGCGAAGUCUGUAACUUUGUGCUUGCCACUAGCUCCCUCGUGUGUCCACCGCUGUUUGGACUUGUUGAUCGCCAGUAUCCGUAUGCAAAUCUCACGGAUUUAGGCUUCCUGUCCACGCCUGGAUAUAUCGCUGGCGUGACGAACCCAAUGUUCAAGACGAAGCGCGAAUGGUGGGAUGUGCUAUGCGACAUUUCGACCGGUGAAGUGUUUGCGGCAGCGCCAGUGGAGAAAGAGGAAUACGAUGCUUUGGAUCGUAACUUUGUCCUCGAGGUAUUGGACGGAGUAGCUGCAGGUUACGACGAAGAAUGGGUGCGGAGCAUGUACGAGGAGUACGUGUGCAAAAAUGUCGUGGACAUUGCGGUGGGGGAGGCGAAUUACCUGAGCCGUGACGCGCUGGCAAAAUGCUCAGCAAUGAACAACAAGCGUAUCACCAACAAGUGGAGACCUGCACAGAAGACAGGUGUGGACCUAAAGCGGCAUAUCCGGAGUCUUCAAGGUGACAUGAUGGAGCUGGAUGACACGCUCGUGGAGAAAAUUUACUCGGACUUUGUAGCGCUCUUGGAGACGGAGCUGGAGCUGCAGGAGUUCUUGAGUUUCUUGCCGGUGCUGCGUGGAGGCUUGCAAACCGUUGCACAGGGGAUAUUUCAUCCGUCCAUCAGCGUCAAGUACAACACUGUGGUGCUGCUGAAGCGCCUGGAACAGUUUCCCUCGACUGCAUCCAGCGUGCACAAACUGAAUCCGUUCCUUCUGAUGUCGUACCAGCGGAUCCAUGAUGUUGUCAAGCCCGAUGUAAAAGAGUAA